AUGUCAACACUAAAUGGCGCCUGUAAUUUGCCCAAUGACGACGAAGGCGGCGGCAAAAACAACGGCAAAAUCAAUGAUUUGCUGAAUUCGGAAAAGGUGGCCAUUCUCGACUGCGGUGGCCAGUUUGCCAAACUCUUUGACCGUAAGAUGUGUAAGCUCAACGUUGAGUCGCAGAUUUUGCCAUUGAACACCCCAGCUAAAGAGCUGCUCAAGAAGCAGUACAAAGCAAUCAUCAUCUCUGGCGACACAGGCUCAGUGUGCGUUGAGAAUGCACUACCGUACGACAAGAAAAUCUUUACUAUUGGAAUUCCCGUUUUGGGCAUCAGCUAUGGAUUCCAGCUAAUGAACAAGGAAUUUGGCGGCUCGAUGAAAAAGCGCAAGGAGGAGCCUAAAGAUAUGACUCAGCUUACCAUUACUGUAGACAAUCAUAAUCCUCUCUUUGUCAAUCUAGAUCGCCAGCAAAAAGUGCUUUUGGCUCAGGACGAUUCCGUCUCAAAGGUAGCCGACGGUUUUGAGGUGGUGGGAAAUUCAGGAAACGUCAUUGUCGCCAUCGCAAAUGUGGAGAAAAAACUGUACGGUAUUCAGUUCCACCCUGAGGAUGACCGUUUUAAAAAUGGCAAAAAGAUGUUGAAAAACUUUCUAUUCAACGUGGCCGAUCUCUCUGCCAAUUUUACCCUGAAAUACCGAGUGAACAAAAGCAUUGACCACAUUCGCCAGGUGGUGGGCACGAACAAAGUUUUUGUGCUGGUCAGCAUCGGUGGCGUCAACUCAGUUGUCAGUGCCGCUCUCCUUCACAAAGCACUCAAAAACGACCAAGUGAAUGCUCUUUACAUUGACAAUGGUUUCAUGCGCAAGAAUGAGAUUGUCCUGGUACAAGAGUCACUGAAAAGCCUUGGUCUCACUAUAAAAUCCUACAAGGCCUUGCUGUCUUUCUACAACGCCACUAAAGAAACUUCGAGCGAGGAGCCAAACAAUGGAGUUGCCACAAAGACGCUCUGCCAGACAACGGCGCCGGAAGAAAAACGCGACAUCAUCGGCAAUACCUUCUUUUGCAUCGUCAGCAAGAUCGUUGGUAACCACUUAGAGUUGAACCCAAAUCAAAAAGUUUUUUUCAAUCAGAACACUCUCAAAAACUUUGAGGAUCUGAUUGAAAAGGCUUGCUCGUUGAAAAGCUCCGUUCCCGAAUCUAUCAAAAUGCCCCACAAUGAAACUGAGCUGGUGAAGAAGCUGGUAAGCAUCAAAGAUGGCUUCGUCCUUGUAGAACCGUUGAAGGAUUUUCACAAGGACGAGGUGCACAUACUAGGCCGUUACCUACGUCUACCUAAAGAGCUUCUCCAGCGCCACUCCCUUCCAAUGCCCGGUCUGGCGGUGCGCAUCAUCUGCGCCAAUGAACCGUACAUAAAGCAGGAUUUCUUUGCGACCACAGUUUUGCUCAAGGCGAUUGUCAACUAUUCGGUCUCGUUGCGAAAAAAACACUCAAUAGUGUCCAAAGUUGAGGAGGUGUGCACUGGCGAGGAGCUCGCCUUUCUGAAAACCUUCUCUACCACUUACACGUUCAAUUCGACACUGCUGCCCAUCAAGAGCGUCCGCAUCCAGGGAGACUGCCUUUCCUAUGGCUACGUCGUCGGCCUCUCCGAAAACGCCAAAGAUGAGCCCAAAAAGAUCAUAUCGGCCAAGUUUGAGGCACUGACCCGUCUGGCCGAGCUGAUCACCCGCGUCUGCCCCAAUGUGAGCCGCGUCUGCUACAUCUUUGGUGAUCGGUUUUUCAAAGAAACAGCUGCAAAGAUUUGCCAAUUUCCUGGCAUCUCUCGAGUUCUGCUUGAUCUCACCUCCAAGCCGCCGGGCGCCACUGAAUGGGAGUAA